AUGGCCUUCCCGCCCUUUGGACACCCGUAUGGCGGCGCAUCCCAGUUUCUGGUGUCUGCAAGUUCCAGUGCCACUUGCUGUGAAACUGCCCCACGAUCAGUGUCAGAUGUAGCCUCAGCCUCCACCUCUGCCUCUGCUCUUUGCUGUACACCCUAUGACAGUCGGCUGCUGGGCAGUGCUCGGCCAGAGCUGGGUGCUGCCUUGGGCAUCUAUGGAGCACCCUAUGCAGCUGCCCAGAGCUACCCUGGGUACCUGCCCUAUGGCCCAGAGCCAUCCCCACUGUGUGGUGCACUGAGUCCUCAGUAUGAGUUUAAGGAUCCUGCAGGAAACUUUACCCCCAGCCUGACCCAGCCAGGAGCCUAUUACCCCUAUGAGCCAACUCUGGGGCAGUAUCAGUAUGACAGGUACGGUGGAGUGGAGUUGGGCAGUGCUGGCCGCAGGAAGAACGCCACCAGAGAGAGCACCAGCGCCCUCAAGGCCUGGCUCCAUGAGCACCGCAAGAACCCGUACCCCACCAAGGGCGAGAAGAUCAUGCUGGCCAUCAUCACCAAGAUGACCCUCACCCAGGUGUCCACCUGGUUCGCCAACGCCCGCCGGCGCCUCAAGAAGGAGAACAAGAUGACAUGGGCGCCCAAGAAUAAAGGUGGGGAGGAGAGGAGAGGCGAAGGUGCCGGAGAAGACUCUCUGGGCUGCCUGGCCGAAGACACCAAAGACGCUACUGCCAGCCAGGAGGCCCAGGGGCUGCGACUGAGUGACCUAGAAGACCUGGAGGAAGAGGAGGACGAGGAGGAAGCAGAAGAAGAGGAGGCAGCGGUCUCAGCAUCCCGCAGGCUGGCAGAUUUUCCGAAGAGCGUGCGGUCCCUGCCUGCGCCCUGCGCCACCGCUCAAGAGAGCCGUUUGGAGAGCAGAGAGUGCGGCCUGGCGGUACCCCGCUUCUCCUUCACUGAGGCUCCGCGGUCAGGAGAAGCUGACUUCAUUACAACAGAGCCAAGUGGCCCCACAAUGAUCGUGCACUACCCAAGCGGCCAGAAGCCCCGAAUCUGGUCCUUGGCUCACACUGCGGCAGCCAGCGUUGUCGAAAGUGCUCCUUCAACCCCGCCCAGGGCACAAAGUCCGGAGUGCCACAUGAUUCCCAGACAGCCCAUCUCCAUCAGGCGACUCCUGGUCCCCAGAGACUCGGAAGUUGAAGAGGAUUCUCUUGCAGCCAAAGCCUUUGGAAACUCCACGUUCGGCCUGCAGGGGCUGCCACUGAACUGUGCGCCUAGCCCUCCUUGCCCUAGGCGGAGGGAGCCUGAAGUGCGGUUCCAGUACCCGUCUGGAGCAGAAGGCUAUAACUUCAAAAAUAACCUAGCUGAAUCCAAAGUGUGCAGCCUAUCAAUGCCAGGGACUCUGGGAGAAGUCUGGUGGAGCAGGAAUGGGACACCGAAUUGCCACAAAGGCUUCUGGGGACAGAGUUUGGGGCGGCAGACCUGA